AUGUACGCUGACGAAGUCGAAAAGGAGCGAUCCCGUGGCGGUUUCAAGAAGAGCUUCAGCAGCGGAUCUCGCGCAGGAAUCGAUGGAAAAUGGAAGCGGGACAUGUUCCAGACGGCGAAUCGACCACAAAAAGCUAGCUACACAAACAAAAGCCGACAGACGAGCUUUUUGAGCAAAGCGGGAGCUGCGGCGGCUGCUGUAGGUGGUGGCGCUGCCCCCAGAAGCAUCACAACGGCGUCGAUUCGUGGAAGAAAUGCUCCAGUAGUAAAGAAGGAGGUUCCAACUGGACCAUCCACACUUUUCAUCAGUAACUUGGCAUCGUCGGUGACACAGGAAGACCUCGAAGAGCUGUUCGACCAGUAUCAUCCAGAAGUCGUGCAACUUCACUUUGAUUCUGCUGGAGCCAGUCUCGGAACCGCUGACCUCGUCGUUCCUCAACCACAAGUGGCAUUGAUUCAGAAGGCGUUGGAAGGUGUUCUUCUCGACGGACAGCAGAUUGAGGUGCUCGAGACGAACGUCGCCAAGCCGGUUUCCGUUUUCGAUCGUAUCAAGAAGGUCUCUCGCCAGAACGACUUCAAGCCAAAAAUGCGCGUCGUCGUCGGAAACCGAGGAAGAGUGGUGAAGGGAGGACGUGGAUUCUGA